UAACUAUAUUUAUUUAAUUUUCAGUAUUUAAGUCUUGAGAUUUUAUUGCAUCGUAUCGUAGCCAGCUAUUCAUAUUAUAUAUUUAUUAGUUUAUUAUUAUGUCGAAAAAGUGGACAAGUAUAUUUCGUAAAAAAAACAGCAAGACUGACAGUCAUGGUACAACUGCGGCAGAUGAAGAAUUACAAUUUCAACCCGUUCCUCCUGAAAGUAAGCAACCAAUUCGGUUGUCAUCAGUUCAGUCAAAUACACAGAUGCAAGUAGCUCCUGCUCAAUCAGGAUCAUAUGGAAGAGACAUCUCUGAGAAUAUCACACAAGACAUGCACAAAGACAAGCCAUCUCGAGGAAGUAAAAAAGGAAAUAGAGAUUUGGAUAAGAAAUUACCAACAAGUAAUAAAGAGAAUUUAACAGAAAAUUGGAUAGCAGAUAGAUUUCAAAAUCUCAACUGUAAAUCAGAGGAAGAUCUUCAUCAUAAUCAAGGAGGUAAUGAAACAAACAAAAACGAAAAUAUCAUUUCUGGAAUUCAGCAAAAACCUGGAAUAUUAGAACCUCCAGCCAAAGAUUUCCAUUCCCAGGGAAAGGAUGUGUCAAUAUCUGACGAAUAUUCUGAUCCAUUUGAUGCGUUACAGCAGAAAGCACUUGCAAGAAAAAAUAAAAGUGCAGAUGGAUAUACUGAGCCAUAUAAAGCACAAAGAAUGCAUUUGGAGGUAUCUCAGGCGGGGUCAGACGAUUUUCAAAACGCCAGGGAAGGUACAUUUGAAGACAAUUAUCAUGAUCCUUGGGAUAAAAAAGCAGCGGAAAAUAUGACUGAUUAUGAAGAUCCAUGGGAUUCAAACAAAGAGGCUACGCUUCCAUUUCCACGUAAAAUGUCACAUGAUAGCCACUUGUCCCAUGAUAACUUGGAAAGACAGAACCUCCACCGAAAACUUCACAAUGGGAAACCACACAAUGAUUCCUGGAGUUCUGUUGCGUCAUCAGCCUCAUCAGCAUCGCCAAGCACUGUCGCUCGUCGUCUUGUACGUGUUGAGCAUCCUCGAACGUCACCAAGAUCCUCGCCACAUUUCGACAGAAGAUUGAUAUUGCCUCGUGAAGUCACCUCAAAUAAUUAUUCCGAGCCGUGGGGAAGUCAAAGUGCAAAAUUCCGUCCAAUUGAUAAAAGACUUAUUAAAGCCGAACCUUCUUUGGAAGAAUUACGUCGAAUGUCCCCGAGCGGCGGAAGUGCUGGUACUGCAAGUCCACUCAGCAGUGGACGAGGUUCUCCGGAUUUAGGUAUUUCACAUUUACGAACUUCACCAUCGACAAACUCAAACAGCAGUCAAGUAGGAUUGCCUCCUCACAUGAUGAAUAUGAGAUCAAAGAGCCGAUCACUUGAUAUGAGAAAUCAUGCUCAAGUGCUUGUUGCUUUAGCCAAUCAAAAUUCACAUCAGAUGUUACCUAAGAGCGCAUCCGAUGAUCAUCUCACCACUGUGUCAUCAUAUCAACAACACCGUCCGCUAAAUGGACUAGGUGAAUAUGAGGAACCCUGGGAUAAGCCUCCCAUAUCUCAUUCAGCAUCGUUUACUAAUAAUUCUAAUAAUAUAUCACAUUCUCGGUCCCGGUCAUAUGAGCUACAAGGCUCACCAUUAGCGCGACAACGACCAGCGUACAAUCACAUGUCAAUGAGACCAAGAAUGAACCCAAUGCCUACUGAUGAAUCUUUUUAUGAACAUCCAUGGGAUAACAAAGCUCCUGCCAAUCACUUGCAAUCAAUGCAGAGAUUUCAGCAAAGAAAAUUGGAACUUCAUCCAACAGAAGCAAUAAAUACUCGUGAUUUUGACCCGCUUUUACCACUGGAAAAUCAAACAUGGUAUCAUGGAAGUGUUACCAGAGAUGAGGCAGAAUUCAGACUUCGUGAUAAAUUAGAAGGAAGUUUCCUUGUAAGAAAAAGUGAAAGCACAAGAAAUAGUUACAGUCUCUCUGUUCAAUCAUCAAAAGGUUGCAUCCACAUGCUUCUUCGAUGUACGAGAGAUGAUAGCUGGAUUCUGGGAGAGUUCAGUUCUCCUUUUCUCAGCCCGCCAGAAAUGGUAGCUUAUUACACAAGAAAUAGAUUGAAAAUUAGCGAUUCCGAUUAUGUCACUCUUUCUUAUCCAAUUGCAGAUACAAUGAUGUAAAAACAUGAUGCAGUUUUUGAGUUUUUAUUAGAAUUUUUAGCAUUGGUUUAUGCUUGUCAGAUUGUAUGAAUUAUUGUCCCUAUUUAUUAUUCUUAUUCAAUGUCGUCACGCAGUGUCGUGGCCAGGUAUUUGCAAUUAGUAGAAAUACUGAGAGAUUCAAAUCUUGUAUAUUUUUAUUUUCUUCACCAAUGUAUCAAUGAAUGAAUCCUGCACUUUUCUAUGAAAUAAAUCUAAAAUAUUAUUUGAAUUUUGUGGUAUCCAGCCCAACAUGAAAUAUCUAGUUAAAAACACUGUUAAAAUGGCAAUCGACUAAAGAACUCACAAACAGUAGUGUGGUUAUUUUUUUAAUUUGCAAUUUACUAUUGUGACGGAUUUGGAGAAGAUCGAGUUGAUGUCAAAACAAAAUGAUAUAGUGAUUGAAAGCUUGCUAUGCACUGUGUGGCGGGCAUAAUCCAAUGAUAAUACUUUGAUGAGAUAUAUUAUGUCCAUGUAAUAAUGAAUCAAUUUUUUGUAUUUAUAAGUUCCUGCACAUUUUAAGUAUGAAAGAAUUCUGGUUUAAAAUGUGUUCCUGUGAUUAUUUUCAGUUUAGUAGUAAUUUGAAUAGAAAGUGGAGCCCCACUGGUUCGCUUUGAUAUAA